AAACUCGGGAAGGAAAUAAAAAAGGAUAACAAAAAGCAAAGGCUGCGGUCGGAAGAAAAAAAAGCAAAGGGAUUUUCAUUUUCAUCUCCUCCGGAUUUCAAAGCUUUUUCCUCGCCAGAUCUAAAUUUCCGCUUGUGUCCGCUUAGGUUUUCUCUCUCUCUCCCAACCCCGGAAAUUAGACUUUCUAGGGCUUCGCAAAUUUCCAAAAUUCCAUUUAUAUCCGGCCGAGAUUAGGGUUUCUAGGGUUCCGAAGGUCCCCGGAACUCCAUACACGUCCCGGCUAGGGUUCCCGAGAAGGCGGCGCAUUUUAGCAAGGCGACGCAUUUUAGCGGCUAGGGUUUCGUCUCUGCCGCUUAUGAGGGAGGAGGCUGAUAUCUGGGGUUUGGGAUUCUUGCGGAAGGGUCUGUGAUGUUUACGCCGCAGCGGAAGGGGUGGUCAGGCUGGUCGAUUUCGCCACGGGCGGACGGGCAGAGGAAUGGGCUGGUCUUGUCGAACCCCAAGAGUGCUGGUGGGAAAGGAAAGGGCGUCGAAGGGUCGGUUCCGCUGCUGCCCCCGCCGUUGGAUUCUCUAGAUGAGAACGGUGGGGAUGCUGCGAUUGACGGCGGUGGCGAUAUGGAGGUCUGGCAGCGGUUCCGGGAAGCAGGAUUGCUGGAUGAGGUGUCAUUGGAGAAGAAAGACAGGGAGGCGCUGUUUGAGAGGCUAUCGAGGCUCGAACAGGAGCUUCAUGAAUACCAAUACAACAUGGGCCUUCUGUUGAUUGAGAAGAAGGAAUGGACAUCCAAGUACAACGACCUCAGGGAGAUGGUGGCAGAGGCAGAGGAGACCCUCAAACGAGAGCAGUCCAAACAUUUUAUCGCCAUAUCUGAAGUAGAAAAGCGAGAGGAAAAUCUGAAGGAGGCCUUGGGGGUGGAAAAGCAAUGUGUUGUGGAUCUUGAAAAGGCUUUGCAUGAGAUGCGUGCACAAUAUGCAGAAAUCAAGUUCAAUUCGGAUAAGAAAUUGGUUGAAGCUCAUGCCUUGGUUGCUAGUGUGGAAGAGAAAUCGUUGGAGGUGGAUUCAAGGCUGCAUUCUGCUGAUGCCAGACUGGCAGAAGCGAAUCGAAAGAGUUCAGAGGUGGAAAGGAAGCUACAAGAGUUGGAGGCUCGUGAAAGUUUACUUUGUAGGGAGCGGCUCUCCUUAAAAUCAGAGAGAGAAGCACAUGAGGAUACCUUUUCCAAACAAAGGGAAGAACUUCGAGAGUGGGAAAGAAAACUUCAGGACGGUCAAGCGAGGCUUUACGAGAGCCAGAGACUUCUCAACCACAGAGAGGAGAAGGCAAAUGAGAAGGAUAAGGUCCUUAAUCAGAAAGAGAAGGAUCUUGAAGAGGCACAGAAGAAGAUUGAGAUGGCUAAUACAGGUUUGAAAGAGAAGGAAACGGAUAUAAGAACGAGAUCAUCUGCCUUAACUCAUAAAGAAGAGGAAGCUGUUGCUCGGAAAAAGAAACUAGAAGUGAAAGAGCAGGAAUUACUUGCAUUCGAACAGAAGCUCCAUGCAAGAGAAAGAAUGGAGAUUCAGCAGAUCAUUGAUGAACACAAUGCUGUUCUGGAGUCCGAAAAACGUGAGUUUGAGUUGGAAAUGGACCAAAAGAGAAAAUCAGUGGAUGAAGAGCUGAAAAGCCAGCGGGAUGCGGUGGAGCAGAAGCAAGAUGAAGUCAAUCGCAUGGAGGGAAAUGUUGUUAAAAGAGAGCAGAAUUUAGAAAAGAAGUUAGAGAAAUUAAAGGAGAAAGAGAAGGACUAUGAAUCUAAAUCGAAAGCUUUGAAGGAGAGGGAAAAAUCACUCAAAGCUGAAGAGAAGAACUUGGAGAAGGAUAAGAAACAGUUAGAGGAUGAUAAACUAAAGGUGCUUAAUCUUAGGGCUGAACUCGACAAGGAUAUGGCUACGGUGGAGGAAGAAAAACAGCGAAUAAUUGCCGAGCAGGAAAAUCUCCAAGUAACUGAAGAAGAGAGGAAUCAACUUCUCUCCCUACAGUCAAAGUUGAAAGAGGAAAUUGAUCAUUACAACAGUGAGAGGGAAUUGCUAGCAAAGGAAAGAGAGGAACUGAAGCAGGAAAGGGAGCAUUUUGAGAGAGAAUGGGAAGUGCUGGACACGAAAAGAGCCGAGACAACAAAAGAGCUAAAUCAGAUCAAUUGUGAGAAGGAGAAGUUGGAAAAAUGGAAGCAUGAAGAAGAGGAAAGAUUGAGAAGUGAGAAGAUAGAGAUGACACGUCAGAUUCAGAGUGAGCUUGAAGCUCUCAGAUUGGAGAGAGAAGCAUUUGAGGGCACCAUGCAGCAUGAGCGAACAGAACAAUUUGAAAAGGCCCGAGGAGAGCACGACGAUAUGCUUCGUGAUUUUGAGAUCCAGAAACAAGAACUGGAGUCUGUUAUGCUGAAUAGGCAGGAUGAGAUGGAGAAACGUCUACGGGAGAAAGAGAGGGUGUUUGAGGAGGAGAGAGAAAGAGAACAUACUCGGAUUAUUUCCUUAAGGGAACAAGCUCAAAGGGAAAUGGAGGAAAUGCAGCUGGAGCGGCAAAGGAUUGAAAGAGAAAAGCAGACAAUUACCAAUAGCCGAAAGCAGCUUGAUCAAGACCAGCUUGAGAUACGGAAUGACAUUGAUGAGCUCCGUGCUCUAAGUGGGAACCUUAAUGGUCAACGCGAAGAGCUUAUCAAGGAAAGACGGCGGUUCCUUGCUCUUGUUGAGCAGCGCAAGAAUUGUCCAAGUUGUGGAGAAUUGGUUCUCCCUGAGGUCCAAUCUUUGCCUGAACUCGAGGACAUUGGCCCUGCUAUUCUGCCGAGGCUGGCUGAAGACUAUCUGAAGAAGAGUACUGAAAAGCCAAACCCUGACAUAUCACCUGGGGGAACGGAUUUGAAUUCUGCUGCUCCUGGCGUUCGCAUGUCUUGGCUUCGGAAAUGCACGACAAAGAUAUUUAAUUUCUCCCCUGGAAAGAAAUCUGAGGAUGCUUCCCAAGCUCAGGCUGGUGGGUCAUCUCCACUUGCUGUGGAAGUCAACAAAAAAGAGGCAUUCUCGGAGAGACUGGAUGAGGCUGCAGAUGAGCCGGAACCAUCCUUUGGGGCAGCGAACGAUUCUGUCGAUAUCAGCAUUAGAGAGGAGGGGGAACCUGCUCUGUCCAUCAAUGAACAGAGCAAUGUUGCUAAGGCACAAGGAGUUUCGGAGAUGUCUGCCUCACCCGAAAACCCUGACUCCCAGCCUGAGGCACCAAAAUAUAGCAGGCGCAAGCCUGGCAAGAAAGGUGGUAAGCUCAGAACCACACGUUCUGUGAAGCGAGUGGUCGAAGAAGCCAAGGCUUUCCUUGGAGAGGCCACAGAACCGAACAAGGAUGAACAGCCAAAUGGCAAACCCGAUGAUCUUGUUCAGAUCAAUGAGGAUAGUCAGGGAGAUUCUCUUCAUGCUGCAGAUGGAAGAAGCAGAUACGGUGGACGUAAGCGGCAAUAUGCUCACACUUCUAGAACCACAGCAAGUGAGCAGGAUGCUGAUGAUAGUGAAGCCCGUUCGGAUAGUGUCACAACAGGCGGGCGCCGAAAGAGGCGGCAAACUGUUGCCGCAGGAGCACAAACUCCAGGGGCAAAACGGUACAACUUCAGAAGAUCAACAGUUGCUGCUGCAGCCCAAGCCUCGCCUGGUCGGACUGCAGAAAUUGAGAAAGAGGAUCACCUGUUAUCAUCGGCAGUUCCUGAAAAUGGGGAUUCUAAAGGUGGCGGGAAUUCGGAGGAAGUUGCUCCAAACAAUCAACCCGCCAUGGUGCCUUCUGCUGGAGUUGCUAGUGAGACCGAAAAUAGCAUGUACAUGCUGCAGAAAACGACAAUGAAGAGCAUUGUGGAAGUUCAGGAGUUCUCCUCGCGGGAGCGUAUCAGAGGAGGUGGGUUGUGUCUGUCACAGCUUGAUAGGGGGGAGCUCGGCAUGGAAACCAACAGCACCGGGGAUGUAAUGUUGGAUCGAGAGGAUGUGGAAGCUGAGAGGAUGGACGAGGCAGGAUCUGAUGAAAGCGACGGGUACCGCACUGAAAGUGGUGCUGAAGAUGGGGAUGAAGAAGAGGACCCCGACAAUGACAACGAGGAACACGCUGCUUCGAUAGGGAAGAAGCUGUGGAAAUUCUUCACAACGUGAAAUUUUAGAUGGGGACCAUGCCCUUUAAUUGAUGGGUGGGAGUCUCUCAACUGCAUGUGUUUCUUCUUCUUCUUUCUCUCUGUUUUUUUAGGUGGCUUCUGUCUGUUAGGGAGGCAUCUGAUGAUGUUUUCCAUUGUAAUUUCUAAUUUGGAAGGGAGUGUCUUGGAUGGAAAACUUGUGUUUUUUUUUAUUUUUAAGGGGAUAUAGAAGGGGGGAUGGUUGCUGUAAUUUUCGAUCUUUUGGAUUUGUUGUUUUAUCGUUUUGUACUCUUUACUUCCUCGGCUUGGUUUCUCGUAGUAAAUGGAUGGUUCCCA